AUGAGGGGGAAAAGAGAAGGAUCGGAUCGUAAGAGUUUUUGCGAUUUAUUCUUUGUGGAGAGAUUGAAUGAUUUGGAAGUGAAAGUGUUCGGAUUAGCAUCUAAUAUGGAAAAAUCUGAUAGCAGUAACGAGCUGGAUUUUCGAAUGGAACAAAAUAUUGAACAUACAUUGAUGGAUAUGAUCUAUUUUUCAAAUGAUGUGAUCCAUAAUUCAUCACAAAUGAUGCUUAAUUAUAAUUUAAAAUUGGAAUUUACGAGAAUGGAUAGAAACAAAUUGAUCAAGAGAUUAAUUAUGUGCUUGAAAUUUUUCGUUUCCUUCAAAAAGUUUCAAUUAAGACGGUUGGAAAUUAUCACUUGCCUUGUUCAAUGCAUUUGCAAUUUAUUUGAUAUUUAUAACAAGCUCUCUAUGGCGAAUAAUGUACCCCUCGUGCAAGACAAGGUUGAAAUGAAUUCUGAAAUACCUGUUCUAGUUGAAAUUUUGCAAUUGCUACGAUAUUUACUGACUCGAAAUUUAAUUUACAGACAAGAUGUCACGAAAUGUUUUUUGACCUGUAUUACUUUUUGUGUGCAAUCCAUGGAAGACUACAAGAAUUUAUGUGAUGCUGAAUACCAAUCAAAAGCAAACUCAAUAUUAACGCUGGUUGGAAUAAUAUUGAUAGAAGAUACGAUUGCUAAAACACUUAUUGCGCAAGAACAUAUGCCAAGAGAUCUGGUAAUCCAAUCCGCGGAUUGUCUGUCCAAUUGCAUUCAAUUUGGACCUUCACUAUUUGGAACAUUAUUUAACAACAAGUUUUUUGAUAGACUUCAUUACAUUCUUCAGCUACUGUUCUCCCAAGAGCAAGCUAUUUAUGUGAAAAAUUUGGUUGGAGAAUGUUGGAACGAGUCGUUCAUGAAAUUUCUCUCCAAAUUGCACGAAAUUCUCUCCAUAUGCAUUAUCAAUUUUGAUCAAUCUGUUUCCGUCAUGGCCGAAUUUACACUCAUCCUGAUAAAUAAUUAUUGGGAUACUACAACCGUACACUUGGAGAGUAUUGCGCCCUUUCUAUUUAUUUACGAGCUUUCAAAAAAGAAAUCCCCAUUGUAUGCUCAAUAUUUCAAGCCAUGCUUCGUUGCUUCUAUAGUGACGUCUUUACAGUUUUGGAUGAAGCACCAUUACCAAGAUAUAUUGACACCUUUCUUAGUGAAUUUGAUCCAAAAAUGGAUGGAAAUAUAUUGUGACCAUUUCAUAUCAACACAAUACAUACACAGCAUUGUGAAUGAUAUUUUGCAAAGCUCCCUCAUUCAAACGAUAUUCUCUCUUCUUGGAAAGAAAGAUCUUUCACAAGAGCUACACACAUCCAUCACGUCAUUCCUCUCGUUCAUGAUAUCUUCCCUUAACAGCAAUGACAUUUACAAUAUUCAUAUGCUUUCGGACUAUCUUUCAUCCAAAGUAAUUUUACCGUUCCUCUCUUUUAAUGACUCGGAAAAUGAUAAGGAAAAUGUCCCGCUGAUGAUAACACGGUUGCUUCAAGAGCGAAGAUUAAUACCUCUACUUGUGGAAAAUCAAUUCCAAAAGCAUGUAGAACUUCUAUUGGGAGAAGAAGCAGAGCAUCUUAUUGGUCAAGAAUUGAAGGAACUACUUUGUAAGACAGAGAAAGAGCUAAGCCACAUGAAAACCAUGCUCAAAAUGCUCCCUCACGAAGAGAAGCAGCUUCUCCAGAUAACUGAGGGAGUUCAGUUCAAAAAAUCUCUGGAAGAAAAGUAA